UUGAUUGCGCGUGCGCAGGCCGGCAGCCAUCUUAGUUCGGCGCUCCCUCUGGUGUCUGAGGUAAACUUUCCUGUCUCCGCGUUUGUCGCUGUGCGAGAGCGACCUGGCUGGAGAGGAAGGGUGGAAAGGGGAGGUGCCGGGUGCCGAGCUCUCGCGUGGGCGCUCGGGAGCUGCAGUUCCUAUUCCAAGAGCCACGGCCAAAUCCGCCCGCCCGGACACAGCGACUUCCGUGGGCUCAAGUCCCGGGAGGAGCGCGGCCGCGCCCCCGUUGCAACCCUGGCGCCAGUUUAACCCGAAGGAAAAGCGUCCGUGUCGCGGUAUGUGCAGCCCUCACGUCCUCCUGCCCUCACCGACCCGGUAUCCGUGUCCCGCAUUUCGAAUGUACCCUUCCACACUCUCGUGUCCUAUUGGAUUUUUCCUGAGAAAUCUGCUACCAUUUUUAUGGAGUUUUCAGUCUAUAUGGAUGUGAGAUACCUAAGGUGUGGAGCAUUUCCUGUAGAGUUGACUGCUCUCUCCUCGCUAUCUGAUGAGAGAAGGCCCUUCGUGAAUAUUUACAAAACUAAUGAAGGCAUAGCCAGAGGACCCUGGCCGGCCAGCCCAGAAACACAAGGAAAAAUGGCUACAGGAUUGCUGAUAGCCCAGUCCCAGAACUCAGUGACCUUCCAGGAAGUGGCAGUGGACUUUUCCCAGGAGGAAUGGGCAUUGCUGAACCCAGCUCAGAAAAGUCUGUACAGAGAUGUGACACUGGAAAACUUUAAGAACCUGGCCUCAGUGGCAGGGUACCAAGUCUGCAAACACAGUCUGACCUCCAAGGUGGAGCAGGGACAGCUGAGGACAGAGGAGAGAGGAGUUUUUCAAGGCGCCUGUGCAGGACGGGAAACUCAACUUAAAUCAAAAGAUGCAAUUCCUAUGCAGAAUGUUCCUAGGGUUACAUCCUGUGGCAACAGAAUGGUACGAACUCAUCUUGGCAUGAAACCUGUAGAAAGCAAUCAUUGUGAAAAAUUCUUCAGAAAAAACCUUCACUUUAUUUAUACCAUGCAUUUCAAAGAAGAAAAGUGCCGUGGAUACAUAGAAUAUGGCAAAGCCUUCAGACAUCCUUCAGCUCCUAGGAGUCAUGUGAAGAAAACUUUCAGUGGGGAGUCAACCCUUAUGAAACACUUAAGAAUUCUCACGGGAGAAAGCUCUCAUGAGUGUAAUCAGUGUGGUGUACCCUUCACCCUACAUCCUUCCUUCUCAGCAUGUGGACAAAUGCUCUGUAAAUGCACUGACUAUGGAAAAAUAGCUUCCUUUAAUGUUCACAAAAACAUACAAACUCUGAAGGAGGGCUUUGGAUGUAAUGAACACGGGAAAGAUUUCAUUUGCCCUGUGUCCCUACAGAAAUAUGUCAGAACUCACACUGGAGAGAAGUUCUACGAGUGCAGUGACUGUGGAAAAGUCUUCAUUUUCCAGUCUUCCCUUAAGAAACACAUGCGGUCCCACACUGGAGAGAAACCCUACGAAUGUAAUCACUGUGGGAAAUCCUUCAGCCAGAGUUCUCAUCUUAAUGUGCACAAAAGAACUCACACUGGAGAGAAACCAUACCAAUGUAAAGAAUGUGGGAAGGCCUUCACCGUUCCUUCAUCCCUUCAGAAACAUGUGAGGACUCACACAGGAGAGAAACCCUAUGAGUGCAGUGACUGUGGGAAAGCCUUCAUUGAUCAGUCAUCCCUUAAGAAACACACACGAUCUCACACUGGAGAGAAACCCUAUAAGUGCACUCAGUGUGGAAAAUCCUUCAGCACGGGCUCUUACCUGAUCGUGCACAGAAGAACUCACACUGGAGAGAAAACCUAUGAGUGUAAAGAAUGUGGGAAGGCCUUUAGGAAUUCCUCUUCCCUGAGGGUACAUGUGAGAACACACACUGGAGAGAAGCCCUAUAAAUGUAUUGAGUGUGGAAAAGCCUUCAGCACAAGUACUAACCUUAUAAUGCAUAAACGAAUACAUACCAGACAGAAGCUGUGAGCAAAAACAAACACGGAAAGAGCUCAUGUCCUUCAACCCUCUCAUCAUUUUAGAAUUCACACUAGAGAAAAUAUACUGUAAGCAAUAUGGAAAAGGCCUUGAGGCAUCACUCUUGUUACUGGAGAAUAAACCUUUUAAAAAAAUGUUUCAUCCUCAAGGUGGCAAAACUUGGUAGUUUGUAAGUAAUAAAGAUUGUACUGUAACUUUAUAUCACUGAAGUUUUGAUAUCAGAUCAUCAUACUUAGUACUAAAUGUUAUCUAAUUCCCAUAGAUGUCUUAGGCCCACAGAUAUAUCUAAAAAUACUUUUAACAAUAUGCAGAUCCUAUAUAUCUGUUCACUAGUUUAACUGUAUUUGCGGACAGAAU